ACACUUUGAGGGAGGGGACUAGCAUCGUCUCCUUCGCAACCAGAGUCCCUAGCCCAGCCGCCGAGGCCCCCUAGCCUGGGGAACUCCUGCCUGCUUGGGGGCCGGGGCGCCCUCCCUGUGUGCCUUUAACCCACGGCGGGGUGACUGCAGGGCCUCCACAGAACCAGCGGUCACAGCCGGUCCAGGGAGGCCUCCGAGGCCUCCUCGAAGCCUGGCUGGGGAUGGCGCAGCCGCAGCUCCCCGCCUUCGCUCCGCCCCCUCUGGCUCCCCCGAGGCCCGCGAGGGGCGGGGCGCGCGCGGUCGUCAUGGCAGCGCCGCCGACGCGGGGGCUGCCAAGGUGAGAGCAGCAUGGCGAGCAACCCGGAGGACGUCGCCCCCGGCCCGGCCGGGUCCGCCAAUGUCACCCCCACUGCGGACUCUUCAGCUUUGGCCCCGUCGGGCGAAGAGGAAAAAGGAAGUGGAAGAUCCCAGGCCCGGGAAGAGCUUCUGUGAGCCAGGCCUCCCUUGGGUGUGAAAAACCAGUUCCGUGCCAAGGCAUUGCCAAGCUGGGAUGUUCUGGAGGGUGUCCAGGAGGCUUGUGGGAACAGCUCUGGAGGCUCUUGCCAACCUCCAGGAAGAUUAUUAUAAUCUGUGUAUGGAGAAACACCGGAAAAUUAACCAUUUUAUAUUACGUAUACUCCAAGAAGUGGAUGAAGAAAUUAAAAAGGGAGUGGAAAAAGGAAUCACAGUAAACAUUGCUGGUAACAAUCGUUUAAUACCAGUAGAAAGAGUAACAGGUGAAGAUUUUUGGAUUCUUUCCAAACUUUUAAAGAAUCAUCCGUGUAUUUCUGGUUUGGAUGUUAGAUACAACCUCCUAAGUGAUGUUGGCGCAUACUAUGCUGCAAAGCUGCUGCAGAAACAACUUUAUCUCAUUUACUUAAACCUUAUGUUUAAUGAUAUUGGGCCAGAUGGGGGAGAACUCAUUGCCAAAGCACUACGUAAGAAUACAACCCUGAAAUACCUAAGAAUGACUGGAAACAAGAUUGAAAAUAAAGGUGGAAUGUUUUUUGCUACAAUGUUGCAAAUAAAUUCCUCUUUAGAGAAAUUAGAUCUGGGUGAUUGUGAUCUGGGAAUGCAAAGUGUGAUAGCAUUUGCUACUGUACUAACUCAAAACCAAGCAAUUAAGGGAAUGAACCUCAACCGACCCAUACUGUAUGGUGAACAGGAAGAGUCCACCAUUCACCUAAGCCACAUGUUGAAAGAAAAUCACUUCCUUGUUGAACUACAUUUGUGUAAGCAUGAUAUAAAAAAUAGUGGUUUACAACAGUUAUGUGACGCACUGUAUCUUAACAGUAGCCUACGGUACCUUGAUGUCAGCUGCAAUAAAAUAACUCAUGAUGGGAUGGUGUAUUUGGCUGAUGUACUGAAAUGCAAUACUACUCUGGAAGUAAUAGAUCUUUCUUUUAACAGAAUAGAAAAUGCAGGAGCAAACUAUCUCAGUGAAACUCUAACUUCAUACAACAGAAGUCUUAAAGCGGUUAUUUUGUUUUCCUACAGGUUGUCAGUAGUCAGCAACAACAUAGAGGGAGAAGGUCUUGUUGCACUUUCAAAAUCAAUGAAAACAAACCCCACAUUCUCUAAUAUCUACAUUUGGGGAAACAAAUUUGAUGAGGCUACAUGUGUGGCAUAUUCAGAUUUAAUUAAAAUGAGCUAUCUAAAACCAGACAAUACAGAUGUGGAGCCGUUUGUGGUAGAUGGACGUGUGUAUCUUGCAGAACUCUCCAAUGGCCUUAAAAAACACUAUUAUUGGACACCAACUUACGGAGAAGCUUAUGGCCAUUCGUCUAAUGCAGGUUUUGCUCUUGUUCCAGUAGGUCAACAUCUAUGAAAAAAGAGCUCUGAAAUAGUUUUCUACAUUUCUCUAAUUGCUUUUGGAAUAUGGCCCAUUACAUGUAUUUUCUUUCAUAAAUUAGAAAAGUUACUUUUGACAAAUGUAUAAAGGUAUGACUUUAUUAAACUGCAUUGUGAAAAAACCUGUAAUUUUCUACAAGAAAUAUGAUAGCCUGAAAUUUUAACUUUGAAGAAAUAAGCCUAGGAACCCAUUUAAUUCCUUUUACAAUGGAAAAUACAACCAAGUAGUGAAAUAGCAUUUAAGUAAAGGUAAUUACAGUUAUCUUUUUUGAAAAUUUGUUUUGUUUUUUGAAAGGCAAAGUGACACAAAGGGACAGAGAUCUUCCAAAUGCCUGCAACAGUCAGGGCUGGGCCAGGCCAAAGCCAGGAGCCUGAAAUUCAGACUGGGUCUCUCAUAUGGGUGGUAGGGACCCAAGUACUUCUAGAUCUCAAUGUGGUUGAUAAAUAAUGAGUGAAAAUGUAGAAUUUAAAGAGUACACAUUUAGGCCGGUGCCGCGGCUCACUAGGCUAAUCCUCCGCCUUGCGGCGCUGGCACACCGGGUUCUAGUCCCGGUCAGGGCGCCGGAUCCUGUCCUGGUUGCCCCUCUUCCAGGCCAGCUCUCUGCUGUGGCCAGGGAGUGCAGUGGAGGAUGGCCCAAGUGCUUGGGCCCUGCACCCCAUGGGAGACCAGGAAAAGCACCUGGCUCCUGCCAUCGGAUCAGUGCGGUGCGCCGGCCGCGGUGCGCCGGCCGUGGCGGCCAUUGGAGGGUGAACCAACGGCAAAAGGAAGACCUUUCUCUCUGUCUCUCUCUCUCACUGUCCACUCUGCCUGUCAAAAAAAAAAAAAAGAGUACACAUUUAAAUACAGUUUCUUUUUGGGUGAUAUUUCUAGCCAAGUUCAAGGGACUCAAAUCUCCAUUAAAAAAUGGGAAGGUACAUUGAAGAAUUUCAUUCAUUUUAUCUGCUUUCCAAAAGGCGGAACGCCAAGAAGUGUUACCGUAUGUGCCCAGUAGACUGCUGCAGCAGGUCUCAGGUAGAGUGGCCUGAAGAUUGUUAUUUCCCAACCAUGUUUCUGGUAUGCAUCAAGUGUUGUAACUAUUAGUUCAGGAGAUUUUUAGAAAUUAGUACGUUGUCUAUUUUACAUACUCAUUUGCAUAUUUUCUGUAGGCUAAAACAUACAGAAAUGAUAAACAACUGUGGCAAUGGACUGACAGAAAUUUGGCGAAAAAAAUUUUCCAAAAUUUGUCUAUCAAAAUCAUCCUGUGAAAUUAAGCAUAAAACAAGUACCAUUAAAAAAUAUCAAAAAUAAUUUAUAUAUAACCUAGAAUUUCCUUUAAAAAAAGUCUAAAAUCUAGCAAUACAUUAGGAAUAAUCUAAUACAAAUACAAAAUUAUAUUCAUUUAGAAAAUAUUUUGUUUUUCAGAAAGAAAUCCAGCAUUUUAAAGAUGUUCAAAAAGCUUUAUAAUACUUAAAUAAUUUAAGAAUAGACCUUUCCCAAAACAUUGAUUAUAACAAAUAUAUCUAAAGAUGGACUUGACCAAAAUGAUUAUGAUUGUCAGAGUGACACUGGAUACAUACAACCUAAGUAAAUGCAUAUUAUGAUAACAGCACAUAGCAGUAUGAGAUGAUAAGGGAUACUUAGUUUGCAAGCUCCCUUUACAUUGUCAUUCUGGAAGAGCAGAUGAUACUGAUCAACUCAAGCCAUGUCAAUUUAAAAUAGUUACUUAGCCAAGCCAAUGUGAUGAUAAAAAGCACUAUCAAUCAACCUUAGCCACUCUAGUACGAUCAAAUAAUACUAAAAAUAACAAAUUUGAAGGUUAAUCUAUGCAAAGACAAAAUGCAAAUUAUUUUAUUAGAGGAACCUUGCCAACUAUUGCCCUUAUAGAAUUAUGACAUCUUUCUUUUGUUCAUUAGCUGCUUGGAUUAAUGAAGAUACAAAUUAAACACAACUUUUUCAUUUUAGUAGCUUCUUAAACAGGCCAUGCCUUCUAAUUUUAAUUUUUAAAUUUUCUUUAAUUGUCACAUUCCAAUGAAUUCCUAUCAAAUUUAAGCCAGAGUAGAUUAGCUGAACAUUUUAUAACUUUUUAAGUUACAUUAACUUUUAAUACAUUACUUAGAACACAUGCAUAGAUUUCUUAAAUAACCAAAUAUUGGGUUUCUAGUAUACAAAAGCAGUAUUUCAAACUCUCUUCAAUUAAGUCAGUCCCACUGGUGGCAAUUUAAACUGAAAAUGCUUUGUGUGUUGUGCAAUAGUGAAGAGCUCCAUAAGAAAUAAGUGUUUUCAUUAUACUCUCUAAUUAGCUUCUAUGACUUGGACCCCAAAUCAAGAAAAUUACAAUUGAAACCAAUACCAGUAAAAAACACAUUAACUUUAUUACAAGUGUAGUUUAAAACCAGGAAACAAAUAAGCCACAACUAAUGCAUGGCAGAAAUAAGAAAUAAUGUCAUCGUGGUGUUUGAUCAACACUGUAUGACUGACUUUGUGGAACUGAAAAUUUAAUGUCCAAAGAUCAGGCUGUGAAAUAAAUUAGUAUGUGGAAAAUAGGAUGGGGAAGGGUGGUAGCGAAUAUUUCUACAUUCACUUCAAAGGAAAAGGACCACAGUGAAACUAUGACAACCAACAACAGAAAGUUGUGGUUUAACUUACAAAAUUUAAAAGCCCAAAGUUUAUAGAAAAAAAGUUUUAUAAACUGACUUUCUGAUAACCCAAAAUGUUUACUUAUAACUGAAGUUAAUUUCUUAACUGUUUAUGGAAUAUAAUGUAUCAAAUUUAGAAGCCAGGUGAUUUCUAGUAUGCAUAAAGUUUAUGUCUAGAAACUUUUUAGAAUAUUUAUUUUAAAAAGUGCAUAAUAGGCAUAAAAGAGCUUAUCAAAAUAUUUUCAAAACUCACCAUAUUUUCACUUCCAGUAAUCUAGAAGCUAUUAAAACAUAAGUUCAAUCAAAUUCUGAAACUUUUGACAAAAACAUCAAGUAUCUAUUUAAAAUUUUGAAAGCACAGUCUCAAAUAACUCAAACCAAAAGUACUGACCGUUGGUUUUCUUCAGAAUACUAAUUUUAAAUGAAGGAAAAUAUAUUUACAGUUUUCUAGCUUUUAAGAAACAUUUGUUUCAUUAGAAAAAUUACCUCUAAAGGAAUAUAUUAAUAGAGAAAUAGCACAAUUCUUAUUUAGUACCUAAAUUUCAUAGGCAGAAAUACGAACUUUUUUAGUUUAUAUAUUGGUCAAUGGAGUUCACAAACAGCAACACUCUUGGGCUUCUACUCUUAUGGAUUUUGCCUACAUUUUUUGGGGUAAGGAAAUAAAAAAACCCACAAGUCAAACUAAAUCAUGUAAACCAACAAAUUCUCCUUCAGUAAAUGAAG